AUGCGCCGAGCGCGCGUGGUGGUGGCUUCCGCGGCCGUGGGUGUGGGUGGGAUGGGCAUCUCGCAACUAGCGAAGGAGUUUGACCGCCACACACACAACCCGACCGCAGCUGAGGUGUCACGCCACAAGAAGAAACGCCUGACUGCCAUGGAGCGCGUGGAGCUCUUCUGCGAUCCCGGCACGUUCCGUGAGCGUGAUGCCCUUGUUGAGCAUGAGUGCCACAAUUUUGGUAUGGAGAAUAGGAAGGUGCCGGGUGACGGCUUUAUUACGGGUACGGGCAAGGUCUUUGGUCGCCCUGUGUUUCUCUUCUCGCACGACUUCACGGUGUUCGGCGGCUCUCUCUCUGGCUCCAAUGCCGCAAAGGUGGUGCGCAUCAUGGACGAGGCCGCCAGGAUCGGUGUGCCCGUGAUCGGCUUCAACGACUCCGGCGGCGCGCGCAUCCAGGAGGGUGUGGACUCGCUGGCUGGCUACGCUGACAUUUUCCUCCGCAACACGCUCUUCUCCGGUGUCAUUCCCCAGAUCUCCGUGAUCAUGGGCCCCUGUGCAGGCGGUGCUGUCUACUCGCCCGCUAUAACCGACUUCACGUUCAUGGUGGAGAACUCGUCCUACAUGUUUGUGACGGGUCCGGAGGUGGUGAGUGCCGUGGGCGGAAAGCUUGUGGGAAAGGAGGAGCUUGGCGGUCCGCAUGUGCACGCGACCAAAUCGGGUGUGUCAGCGGGUACGUUCCCGAACGACAUCGUAGCGCUGGCGCAGCUCCGCCGCCUCUACUCAUAUCUGCCGCUGAACAACCGCGACUCUGCCCCAGUGGUGCCAACGGCCGACAACCGCCACCGCGACGUCUCUUCGCUGAACACGGUCGUGCCCCUGGAGGUGAAGGAGGCCUACGACAUGCGCGACGCUAUCCUCCCUGUGAUUGACCAAGACUCCUUCUUUGAGAUUCAGCCGCAGUUCGCCAAGAACAUCAUCUGCGGUUUCGCACGCAUUGAAGGUCGCUCGGUGUGCAUCAUUGCGAACCAGCCGAAGGCGCAGGCUGGCGUACUGGACAUUGACUCCUCCGUCAAGGCCGCACGCAUGGUACGGUUCGCUGAUGCCUUCAACAUUCCAAUCAUCACCUUCGUAGAUGUCCCCGGGUUCUUGCCGGGCGUGCAUCAGGAGUACGGCGGCAUCAUUCGCCACGGUGCGAAGCUGCUGUAUGCCUAUGCGGAGGCGACGGUGCCUAAGAUAACGAUUAUCACGCGCAAGGCGUACGGUGGCGCCUACGAUGUGAUGAGCUCAAAGCACCUCCGUGGCGACAGCAACUACGCCUGGCCGCGCGCCGAGAUUGCUGUCAUGGGCGCUGCCGGUGCAUGCAGACUACUAUACUCGAAGGAGACGGCGGAGCAGCAGGCGCAGCGUAUCGUAGAUUAUGAGAAGACCUUCUGUACCCCGCUCUCCGCCGCGCGAAAGGGCUUUAUCGAUGCUGUGAUUGAUCCCAGCGAGACCCGUAUUCGCGUAUGCGAAGAUCUGGAGCGUCUGUCUCGCAAGCAACUCUGUAAUCCGUGGAAGAAGCACGGCAACAUUCCACUGUAA